AUGAACAUGAGGGAUUCCUACAGGAGUCUGUCUCUUUUACUGGGGUUUUUCUCAGUUCAGAUGAGUGUGAGGGGAACAGAAGUGAACAUAGCAGGAUGGGGAACGGCCAUCCAGUCCACACUAUAUUACAACUGGUUUCCCAAAUACGCUCUGGAUGGGAUAAGCUCCUCAUGCUCACACACUACGACACAGACCCUGCCAUGGUGGAGAUUAGACCUGCAGAAGAGCUACAGCGUGAACAGAGUCUCCAUCACUAACAGACUGGACUGCUGCAGCGAAAGGAUCAACGGAGCUGAGAUUCGCAUUGGAGACGUUCCUUCAGAUGUGUUCAGCAACCCAGUAUGUGCAGUAGUUUCUACUAUUCCAGCAGGACAGACAUCCAGCUACUCGUGUAAUGGGAUGCAGGGACGGUACGUGUUUGUGGACAUUAAUGAAGCUUCAAGGAUUCUCACUCUCUGUGAUGUGGGCGUCUUCGUGAUUUUUCCAGAUAAUUUGGCAACAGGUAAAAACGUGACGCAGUCGUCAACCUUCAGCUCCUGGAUUCCUGAACAGGCUGUUAAUUUCAAUCCAGGAUUAUCGGAUCCAUCAACAGGGUGUUCCUCAACCACUAGUCAAACUGACCCAUGGUGGAGGCUGGAUCUGGGUCACAUUUACCAAGUUAGUGCAGUAGUGGUCACUAACAGACUAGACUGCUGUCCAGAACGAAUAAACGGAGCCGAGAUUCACAUCGGAAACUCUUUAGAGAACAACGGCAACAAUAAUCCUAUAUGUGCUGUGAUUUCUAGUAUUCCAGCUGGAGUUUCUGCCACCUUCGUCUGUAACAAUAUGGAGGGUCGAUAUGUGAAUCUGUUCAUUCCCGGAGACUUAAAGUUUCUCACUCUGUGUGAAGUGGAGGUCCAUGGAAGAGGUCCAUGUUUGAAGCAGUCGUUGGUGAAGCUGAAACUCAACUCCAGCAUUAGUCUUUCUGAAGUCCGGCUCCUGACACAGCUGGAAUCUGCUCUGGCACAAAGAGGUUUUUCUGACGUGACGCUGCGCUGGACGCAACUGCCCAAACAGGAAGUGAUGCGGAAGAAAUUGGUGCAAGCUCAGUGUGCUCAAACAAAGAGAUGA